AAUUUCCUAGUAAUUACAAUCACGUAUCUUCUCCUCGAGAACUGGUCCAAGCUCCUUUCCUUCAAGGCUUUAGUUUCACCUUAUAAAUAACACUUCCUUCCUUCCAAGCUUAAACCAAGAAAACCAGCUAGAAUCAGCUCAGCCAUAGGUGGACACCAAGAUGAUCAUGAAAGAAUACUCUUUAAAUCCUUUUCUAUCUUUCUUUUUCUUCCUUUCUUUGAUGAUUUUGUUCUUAGAAAUGGGGGUCGCCCAGAAAACAACAUCUACAAUCCCAGUGAAUGUAGGAGUGGUUCUUGACUUGGCUUCUUUAGAGGCCAAUAUUGCUUUGAGCUGCAUCAACAUGGCCCUUUCAGACUUCUAUGCCUCUCAUGGUGACUACAGAACUAGACUGGUCCUCAACACCAGGGACUCAAAGAAAGAUGUUAUUGGUGCAGCUGCUGCAGCCCUGGACUUGAUAAAAAAUGUGGAAGUGCAAGCAAUCUUAGGGCCAACAACAUCAAUGCAAGCCAAUUUUGUUAUUGACCUAGGAGAAAAAGCUCAUGUGCCAAUUAUAUCUUUUUCUGCAACCAGUCCUUCUCUUACUUCCAUCAGGAGUUCAUAUUUCUUGCGAGCAACACAAAAUGAUUCAGCUCAAGUGAAUGCCAUAAGUGCUAUAGUUCAAGCCUUUGGAUGGAGAGAAGCGGUGCCCAUCUACAUUGACAAUGAAUAUGGAGAGGGAAUCAUACCUUAUUUAAUUGAUGCUCUGCAAGAAGUUGAUGCUCGUGUGCCCUACCGGAGUGUCAUUUCUCCAUCGGCCACUGAUGAUCAAAUUGUUGAGGAGCUUUAUAAGUUGAUGACAAUGCAAACUAGAGUUUUCAUUGUGCAUAUGGAUCGCUCUCUAGGAACUCGGCUUUUCACCAAAGCAAAAGAGAUUGGAAUGAUGAGUGAAGGCUAUGUUUGGAUCAUGACUGACGGUCUGAGUGUUGAUUUCUUGAGUUCACCAAAUCAUUCUGUCACCGAUACUAUCCAAGGAGUUUUGGGUAUAAAACCUUAUGUUCCAAGAACAAAAGAGCUUGAAUAUUUUCGAGCUCGUUGGAAAAGGCAAUUCCUACGAGACAAUCCAAAUAAAAUUGACGCUGAGUUGAACAUUUAUGGACUCCUGGCCUAUGAUGCGACUACAUCAUUGGCCUUGGCAGUUGAGAAAGCCGGCACUACAAAUUUUGGCUUCCAAAAGGCAAAUGUUUCUAGCAAUUCAUCAACAGAUCUCGCAACUCUUGGCAUCUCUUUAAAUGGUCCAAACAUUCUUCGAGCUUUAUCGACCACUAGUUUCAAAGGCCUCACAGGAGAUUACCUUUUUGUUGAUGGGCAGUUGCAAUCACCAGCUUGUCAGAUAGUUAAUGUGAAUGGAAAUGGAGGAAGACGGAUUGGGUUUUGGACGCCAACAGUAGGACUUGUGAAAACACUGAAACCGAGAAUAAAUAAACGUAUGAAUUCAACUUCUACUUCCAGAGUUUCGACUGUAAUUUUUCCUGGGGAUACAACUGUGGUUCCCAAGGGUUGGGAGAUUCCCACAAAUGAGAAGAAGUUGAAAAUAGGAGUGCCUGUGAAGUCUGGCUUCAGUGAGUUAAUUGAUCCUAAAUUUAAACCCGGCGGUUUUGGCUUUGUCUUCCCUAAAGGUUCUCCUCUAGUGCCUGAUAUAUCGAGGGCAAUUUUAAAUGUGACCGAGGGAGAUAAGAUGAAGCAAAUAGAGGGUGCUUGGUUUGGAAAAAACAGCACUUGUCCAGAAUCCGGCUCCUCAAUUUCAUCUAAUAGCCUCAGUCUGGAGAGUUUCUGGGGGUUAUUUUUGAUUGCAGGACUAGCUGCAUUGUUAGCUCUCAUUAUCUUCAUAGUAUCGUUUGUUUACCGAGAAAGAAACGUCUUGAGGUCCUCUGAUUCCACAGCUUCAAUAUGGAGUAGAAUUGAAAACUUCUUUAGAACUUUCAUUCAAAGGGACUCGACAUCCAGUACUUUCAGACAAAGUGAUCUGAAUGAUAGAAAGGGCAUCAGUCUGCCUACUAUGUGUGCGCCAAGCCCAUCAGUCUGUUCAGUUGACACUGAAUAUCCUGCCGAUCGAUCUUCUGCGAGCUAUUAUUCUAGUCCAAAUAGGGAAGCACCUCAAGAGGUAGUCAUAGAUACCGAUCAGCUUACCAACCGAAAUCAGGAGAGACCGGCAGCUUUGGAAAUAGACCAUGACAAUAAUUGACUUGUAGGUUAUCAUUUAACACUUCUGACACCAGUAGUCAUUAGCAUUGUAAAGAAAUGUAAUUACUGUAUUAAAAAAACAUGUAAGUGAGAUGAUUUUACUAAGAUUUAAGUAGGAUUAGACUGGGUUUCAGAAA